AUGCUAGCUGCAGUCCUGCUCCAAAUCUUGGCGCUGGGUGCUUGCGGAGACAUCGUGCCAGAGCCACACGAGAAGGACCUCGACAAUGACAAGGACCCCAUCAAGGCAUUAUGGAAAGCAUUGGACCUGAUCUUAUUUCCCAGCAGCGAGUCGUUUCGGGACUUUCGCACCCAGUUCAUCACGAUCCGAUUUCUAGCCCCCUUGGCCGUGCUCGUGCUCACGCAGCUUGGUUCGAAGCUGGUUCAGAAGCUGGUGGAGCCAUGCUUUCCUCAUGUGCCUGACGACAUCGACAUUGAAAAGCCGUGGUCCGUGCUGACGGAAGAAGAGAAACAAAGGAUUUCAGAAAAGCCGUUGAAAUGGUUGGGAAAGCGUUACUACAUCAAUUUCGUCGCACGCCUCCUCUACCCUCCUCUCAGGCUCGUUCUAGUCCACGUAGCGCCCUGCCUGCUGGUUUUGUGGUACAGCUGGAUCGAAGCCGCAGGGUCGGCAUGGCAGCUCUUCGUGAAAGCCGUCCUGACGUUGCUCUACGGGCUCUACCUCGCUUUGAGCCUGCUUUGCUUCGCGGACUUCGGAUGCAGUGCUCUCCAGAGCAGAGGCGGCGAUGCUUCGACUUUUGCGGUGGUGUUUUUGCAGCCGUUCAAUGUUGAAUCGCCCUGGGAGUCAGUUGAGGGCCUGUGGAAGCGCCCAGCCCCAUUUUUCACGACCAGCCCUUUCCUGUCGUGGGUGCACACCCUUGUGGCCUGGGGCGGCCUCGGCCUCGAACUCCUUGUUGUCACGGCUCUUCGUCCUGGCCCUUGCCCCGUCAUACUUUUGAUUUGUUUCUUGGCCAGUGUAGGCUUCAUCAGCCUGGGCAGCUGCCUUCUGUGGUCAGCGCCGGGCUUUUGGAACUACCUCGGGGCCUUCCUCGGCCUGACGCCUGCAGUACCUACUGUGUUCGGAGUCAUUUGUGACAGCAUGGUAGGAAUUUGUUGUAGAGCAACAUGA